CGCUCCGCAGCGCCAGCUCGGCAGGAGCGGGGCGUGAGUCCCGAGUGAAACCCGCCAGGCUCCAACUCCGCAGCGCCGGGGCUCGGCGGGCAGCAACUUUCUCCCCGGAGCGGCCGCGGCAGCUGCGGCUGCCCUGGCAGUCGGAGCGGGAGCUGGGAGGAGGAAGGCGGCUGCGGUUCCUUGUGUCCGCUCGGGCUGUCUAGCCCUCCUAGACCGCCGGCCCGCGGAGCCUCGAGCCCCCCCCGGGCAGCCCCGGGCUCCUGCCCUAUGUCCCGCAAGGCGAGCGAGAAUGUGGAGUAUACGCUGCGAAGCCUGAGCAGCCUCAUGGGCGAGCGGCGCAGGAAGCAGCAGGAGCCGGACGCAGCGAGCGCGGCCGGGGAGCGCAGCCUCCUGGCGGCCGCCGAGUCGAGCGCCAGCCUGCAGGGCGCGGGCGCGGGCGGCGGCGGCGGCGUCGGGGACCUGGAGCGCGCGGCCCGGCGGCAGUUCCAGCAGGACGAGACCCCCGCCUUCGUGUACGUGGUUGCCGUCUUCUCCGCGCUGGGCGGCUUCCUGUUCGGCUAUGACACCGGGGUGGUGUCGGGGGCCAUGCUGCUGCUCAAGCGGCAGCUCAGCCUGGACGCGCUGUGGCAGGAGCUGCUCGUGUCAAGCACGGUGGGAGCGGCUGCCGUCUCGGCGCUAGCCGGCGGGGCCCUCAACGGCGCCUUCGGCCGCCGCGCCGCCAUCCUGCUGGCCAGUGCCCUCUUCACCGCCGGCUCCGCGGUGCUUGCUGCGGCGAACAACAAGGAGACGCUGCUCGCCGGCCGCCUGGUUGUAGGGCUCGGCAUCGGUAUUGCUUCUAUGACGGUGCCCGUGUAUAUCGCUGAGGUCUCACCCCCCAAUUUAAGAGGUCGGUUAGUCACCAUUAACACCCUCUUCAUCACGGGAGGGCAGUUCUUUGCAAGUGUUGUUGAUGGAGCCUUCAGUUAUCUCCAAAAGGAUGGAUGGAGGUACAUGUUGGGACUUGCAGCAAUUCCAGCAGUUAUACAGUUUUUUGGCUUUCUCUUUUUACCUGAAAGCCCUCGAUGGCUUAUUCAGAAAGGACAGACUCAAAAGGCUCGUAGAAUUUUAUCUCAGAUGCGUGGUAACCAGACCAUUGAUGAAGAAUAUGAUAGCAUCAAAAACAACAUUGAAGAAGAGGAAAAAGAGGUUGGCUCAGCUGGACCUGUGAUCUGCAGAAUGCUGAGUUACCCCCCAACUCGCCGAGCUUUAAUUGUGGGUUGUGGCCUACAAAUGUUCCAGCAGCUCUCAGGCAUUAACACCAUCAUGUAUUACAGUGCAACCAUUCUGCAGAUGUCUGGUGUUGAAGACGAUAGACUUGCAAUAUGGCUGGCUUCAGUUACAGCUUUCACGAAUUUCAUUUUCACACUUGUGGGUGUCUGGCUUGUUGAGAAAGUGGGCCGCAGAAAGCUCACCUUUGGUAGUUUAGCAGGUACCACUGUAGCACUUAUUAUUCUUGCUUUGGGAUUUCUGCUAUCAGCCCAGGUUUCUCCACCCAUCACUCUUAAACCAGUAGCUCCUUUAGGUCAGAACACUACUUGCACAAGAUACAGUUACUGUGAUGAAUGUAUGUUGGAUCCAGACUGCGGUUUCUGCUAUAAGAUGAAUAAAUCAGCCAUCAUUGACUCCUCCUGUGUUCCAGUUAAUAAAGCAUCUACAAAUGAGGCAGCCUGGGGCAGGUGUGAAAAUGAAACCAAAUUCAAAACAGAAGAAAUAUUUUGGGCUUACAACUUCUGCCCUACUCCAUACUCCUGGACUGCACUUCUGGGCCUUAUUUUAUAUCUUGUUUUCUUCGCACCUGGAAUGGGGCCAAUGCCUUGGACUGUGAAUUCUGAAAUAUAUCCCCUUUGGGCAAGAAGUACAGGAAAUGCAUGUUCAUCUGGAAUAAAUUGGAUUUUCAAUGUUCUGGUUUCAUUGACAUUUCUACACACAGCAGAGUAUCUCACAUACUAUGGAGCCUUCUUCCUCUAUGCUGGAUUCGCUGCUAUGGGUCUCCUUUUCAUCUAUGGCUGUCUUCCUGAGACCAAAGGGAAAAAAUUAGAGGAAAUUGAAUCACUGUUUGACAACAGGCUGUGUACAUGUGGUGCUUCAGAUUCUGAUGAAGGGAGAUACAUUGAAUAUAUCCGAGUGAAGGGAAGUAACUAUCAUCUUUCUGACAAUGAUGCUUCUGAUGUGGAAUAAUUGUCAGCUACUGAUAUAUUUAGUUAUUUAAACAAACUUGGGAGAGAAGAACAGCAAUUGGUGACCUCACUGCCCUGCUUUUAAUCUGCUUCUUUCCAGUCUAGUUUUGAAUGACUUCAGAUUCUAGAAUAUUUGAGUCCAAGGAAGAUAUGACCAUAAUGACAUUUUUUUCACAAGCAGAGACGUAAAAAAAAAAAAAAAUUAGAGAUUUUAAACUAAUAAUUAUUGAACAAACGUGUAUAAUUCCUUCCUGAGAUAGUUUUAAAUGAAUAUUGUACUCAGUGACUUCAGUGAUAGCCUUUCUUCCUAAGACCAUAUAUAAUUAUUAGUGACAAUCGAGUCAGUGCUAAUCUAGCCAAAUCAUAUAUGUAUGAUGUCCUUACAGCAAACGAUUCUGGGAUAUGGUCCAAAGGUAUUUUCUGUCAAAGCAUGGCCUGUGGGCCCAAAAUUUUCCUAAGGACGGGGAGCUUUACCUAUGAUCAGCUCUUAGAAAGUAAAUUCCAUUUAAGCUUUCAUCAACAAAUCGCAAAGUGCCUCCUACCAGGGCACAGCUGUCCUUACAUCCUUUGGAGUCCAUAUUUUGGUUUCUCUCUCCAAAUCAAAUCUUGAAAGUUCCCUAGAAACUGACUCUGUACACGAUCUUUUGAAGCAGGUCUUUUAGGGUUUAUUUUCCUACAUAUUUUUUGCAUCAUUGAUAAGUACACAUUUGCACAGAUAAGCUAGCAAGUUUUGAUAAGUAUAUUUUAUUGCUAGAAAGUAAGAAAGAAAAGAUUUUUAUGGACCUUAAAGAUUUUUAACCCUGACUGAGUUAGUCAUUUAGGUAUGCAACUAUAAACACAAAAUAGCACUAGAUCUUCAGCUGUAUUUCAGGGUCAGCUUUUGUUCAUGCCAAAUCACCUGAUACUCACCACGCCUUCACUCAUCAACUCUGGAGUCCUACUAUUUGUGCCUUCAUUUGUGUUAUAUAAAUAGCAGACUAUUUUUGCCCUUCUUUUAAUCAAAGAUUUCUGAAACAAGAAAGGAAGGAAAAAAAAAAAAACAGCGACAGAAACAAUCCUGCUGUUACUGAUGUUUGUUUAAUUAAGCAGAGGAAUUUCUAUUUUUCUUAACUUUUUAUUAACUCUUCCUAAGGGAACUGUCACAUUUUAUUACUUGAUGGUACUUGCCUUUUUUUUUUUAAGUUUAGAGCAUAAACUGCUUUUUAUGUUGCACACCCAUUCUCAUUUUCCCUGAAAAUUUAUAUAUAAAAAGAUACAUAAUUUGUGGAUGUUUCCUUUUCUCAUGCUUGGCUUGGAUUUUUUUCCUUCUUGUCUGAAAAUUGAGAUUUCUACUAGAACAGAUUAAUGGUUCUCAUAUAGCACAUGUCUUUAAGAAAUGCUGACUUACUACAUUUCUACAGUAUCUUUACUAAGUGUUCAUUGGUUUUUAUGCUCACUCAUCAGUAAACUGUCAUUUUUGCUCAUAUAUUAAGAACUUUAUAGUAUGUACAGAAUCACCCACAAAAUUACUUGCUAGUUCCAAUGAAAAUAUGAAUGACUCUUCUUGGCUCUAAACACCUAAUAAGGUACUCUGGAGUGAAAAGGUAGCUCUCUCCAAAUUCAGUAUGUCUCUGCCAGCCUCCAAGAUAGUUUGGUCUCUUAAAGUCUGCCUUGUUUGUAUCACAGUUAUCAAAACUGUGGAUGUAGCCAAGGAGGUUCAUUCUCUAAACCUAAAAAUCCUUCAGCCAAAAAAAAAAAAAAAAAGUUUUCUCCGUCUGAUCAUUUCAUGUAAUUCAAAAAAAAAAUACUUUAGAGCAUUUUUUUCCCCUUGAAUUAGGUGCUUUGACAAUUGAUAUCUGGGGGGGGGGGUGUUAAUAUUGAUUUUUCUGCAGAAAAGCAGAUAUGCUUUAAUAGAGAAAAUUAUUAUUCUAUGGAUAUUUCUUAUCCAAUAAGAAAUUUCUUAUCUGUGUAAUAUUUCACACAGGUAAAGUUAAGUGGAAAAUGAACUACUGUGUGGUAAAAUCAGAACAUGAUGGGGAGAAAAAGUAUUUAGACCAAUAAAAUGAUCUCUUUAUAAAUUUGUUUUCCUGAUUUAUCCAAAUAAUCACCUCAGUUCUUCUCUUUAUGUAUACAUAGCCUUAACUAGAUGCUUAUAUACUCAGCUGAGCUGAAUGCACAGUAACUUUAUCAAAGGAGCAGUGGACUCAUUAUUUCCUAAAGCAGAACAUGGCCUAUUCUCCCUGACAUAAGCAAAUGGUAUUUUCAACUUUAUAUCUGUAAAUGCACAUAAUAACAGGGAAAAAUAGCCACAGUUCACUUCCCCUAUUCUCCUCAAUUCCUUCUGUAAAGGACUACUUUUUAUUUAUAUAGUAAUAAAGAUAAUAUUCCAUAUCUUUGAAGUGCAAGACAGAGAGUCACAGUAUAAGAAUUAUUUAUAAUUUUUUAAUAACAACUACUUGAAAAGGAACCUUACAAUUAGGGUAUUAUUUUUAGAUUCAGUGAACAUUUAUAGUAUAUUAAAAAUUAAAUAUUUGAAUUUUGCAAGUUUUUAAUAUUAUGCACCUUUUAAGUUAUCAGCAUUUUUGGCUACCACUAUCAACUUGAAAUACAUUCCAUCUGAAAUGUCAUCAAGUAUAUAUUUUAUAGGACAAUUAAAAUAUGGUAUGAUUUGAAUUACCAUUUAAAACACAUUAAGCACCAUGCUUUUAGCUAAAAUUAUAGGUUUCCUUCUAAACAUGCUGCAGAUUCAACAGAGGUAUAUUAUAAUUUAGGAAAGUACAGAAGAAGGUCAUAACCCCUAUUAACGCUUAGGUGGAUGGCUGAUGAGAUCUGCACUAGACUUAGGAGAAUGUCACAUUUCAUUUGUAUCUGAACACAUAGAGCUGAAUGAUAUCAGAUAGGUUUUAAAGAUUUGGUAUUAAUAUUUUUCUUAAAUGUAAACAUUCCUGAUAAUUUUGAUUGUUGCACCUUAGUCAAUAAUUACCCAAGACAUGAUUAUUAAUGUAUAUGUAAAAGCUCUAAAUUAAAAUUAGAUUUAAAAGUUAAUAUUUCCCUUUGUAAUUUUGUUCCCAGUCAAAUGGAAUAGUUAGUUCCCUGAUUUAAAAAAUGCUGAGAAUAAAAUUCUAUCAAGUGCUUUUCAGUGUCCACCUUUUCCAUUUGUCCAGUAUGAGUCUAAUUUUAGUAUAGAAAUGUUAGUAUAUAAAAGUUUUAGUAUAUAAGAGUCUAAAUAUUAUUUCUUAAGUUAUUCACUCUAAAAUGGGAAAUCUAGCAAAGCAAUGAAUUUAGAAAUUGUUUACUGUAAUUUCAAAAUCAGUUAUCCAGAGGAAGAAUUAACAGGAAAAAUAGAAGUUGACAACUUAUCCUUUUGCUUUUAUAUCAAAAUGUAAAAUUGAAAUGUGUUAUAAUAAUCCGUAGAUCCUGGGGGGAGGAUAUUCUAAAAAAUACUAUUCAGAUGUUAUCUAAGAAGAUCUCACAGUUUAAUAACACUAAUAUAUUUUAUAAAUACUGUAAUACAGUAAGGGGAGUAGGAGGGUUGUUUUGACAUUUAUUUCAACACAGUAAUCAAAAAUAAAAUGAAUGUUUUGUAAUAAACAGUUUUUUUUUUUACCAUUCUCCUAGUUAUAUAAAUCUCAAAUUAUACUAAACACCUAACAGCCAACAUGUAUAUGGAUUUUGUAACAUAUUUUAAAUCUUCAAAUUCAGGCAUUUUCACUAUCUAUGAGUAAAAGAAUGACAUACCAGACCAAGAGCAGAGAAUUCAUAAUACGUACUAUAUACCAAAAUGUAUUAAACUGUGGAAAAAACUUAAUAGCUCAUGUGUUUCUUCUGACUAAAAAAAGAUUCAAAAUUGUUCGGGAUUAAUUUUAACAUCCUGUUUUCUGUGACUUUCUAUCGUUUGCUUAGCCUCAUGUAUAGUAAUGUGAAGCUAAUUUGAUGAAGUGAUUCAGGUUGUAGCAGCAUGUCAAUUUUCAGUAUCUUCAGUUCUCCUGGGUGAGGAAUAUUGCUGCUAUUUUCUAGAAAGAGCAAUCUUUUAAAAUGCCAAACAGCGAACUGCUAUCAGCUCUCUUGAAUAGAGAAGGAAAUUUUUGUGUGUCAAUAAUCAUCAGAGAGAUAUUUAUGUUCAGAAGUACACAAAGCAUUUUAUCUCCUAAUUUGUGAGUGUAAAAUAAUUCUUAAUAAUCUUUACUUUGUAUAAAACACAGUCCAUUGCAAUUGAGUGAUUUUUAUCUAUGAAAUAUUAAAUACCUACCGUCACUUAGCAGGAAUAUUUAGAUUUUAAUUUUAGACAGUUAAGUCCAUGUGUUUGAUUUUGUCGUAUCAAUACAAAUGAAAAAAAAAUAAAGCUUCCAAGUACUUCAAAUUAAAAAUCUACCAAUAUUUUGUAAAGUUUUAAAAUUAUCAAAUUUAAUGUUAUUCCAUCUCAUUUGAAGGUUAAAAAAAGAUGAGACUUAACUCUAGCCAAAGGAGAAAUUUAUAUUCUACAUGUUCAAACUGGGUCCUAGCAACUUUUGGACUAUAUCUCACUUGAUGUUAUAGUAUCUUUUAUUUGUAAUAAAUGUUCAAAUUUCUAUUUAAAAGCUCAAAUGUACAUCUAGAUUAAAUGAAAACACAGUUUUAUGCUUUUAAAAUGUUUUCCAAAAUGUAUAUUUUAAUUUUUGAAUGCAUGUUAUAUAGUGUUUAACACUUCACGUCUUAGCAAAUCCAAUAUAAAUAUUUAUUCCUACAUGUGAUAUAUGAGAGAUCUCUUGAAAAUUAUGAAUAUGUAUCAUUUCCUUCAAAGUCAUUCUAGCUUAGAGCUGUAUCAAAAUUAUUGUAUAUUUUAUGGAGAUUUAGUGAUGUACAUGUAAAUGUUUUUUAAGUUAUUUUAUUGAAAUUCAAUCUUUACAUAAAAUUUAAAUCUUUUUUUAAAAAAAAAGUGUCAGUGCCAGAACUGUAAAUGAAAAUAAUCAAAUAAAAGUUAAGACAAUUCACUACUCA